AGACAUGGAUUUAGAUGCUGUUACAAAGCAGUCAGCAUUACAUGCCAAACCUGAUGGACUCACUCUUCAAUAUGGGACUGCUGGAUUUCGAACGAAAGCGGAACAUCUUGAUCAUGUCAUGUUUCGAAUGGGAUUAUUAGCUGUCCUGAGGUCAAAACAGACCAAAUCUACUAUAGGAGUCAUGGUAACAGCAUCACAUAAUCCUGAGGAAGACAAUGGUGUAAAAUUGGUUGAUCCUUUGGGUGAAAUGUUGGCACCGUCCUGGGAGGAGCAUGCUACCUGUUUGGCCAACGCUGAGGAACAAGAUUUGCCGAGAGUGUUGGUGGACAUUGGCGAGAAAGCAGCUGUGAAUCUGCACCAAGAUGCCUUUGUGGUGAUUGGUAGAGAUACCAGGCCCAGCAGUGAGAAACUUUCACAGUGUGUAAUAGACGGUGUGACUGUUUUAGGAGGUCAAUUCCAUGAUUAUGGCUUGUUGACGACGCCCCAACUGCACUACAUGGUGUACUGUCGAAAUACCAGUGGCCAGUAUGGAAAGGCAACCAUAGAAGGUUACUACCAGAAACUCUCUACAGCCUUUGUGGAACUUACCAAACAGGCCUUCUGCAGUGGAGAUGGCCAAAGAACACUCAAGGUUGACUGUGCGAACGGCAUAGGGGCCCUGAAGCUGAGAGAAAUGAAACACUACUUCUCCCAGGGGCUGUCAGUGCAGCUGUUUAACGACGGCACCAAAGGGAAGCUCAAUCAUUUAUGUGGGGCUGACUUUGUGAAAAGUCAUCAGAAACCUCCUCAGGGAAUCGAAAUGAAGUCCAAUGAAAGAUGCUGUUCCUUCGAUGGAGAUGCAGACAGAAUAAUUUACUACUACCAUGAUGCAGAUGGUCAGUUUCAUCUCGUGGAUGGAGACAAGAUAGCAGCACUCAUUAGCAGUUUCCUUAAGGAACCCCUGUUGGAGAUUGGAGACAGUUUGAGUCUCGGUGUCGUACAAACUGCAUAUGCCAAUGGAAGUUCAACACGCUACCUGGAAGAAGUUAUGAAGGUACCUGUCUAUUGUACUAAAACUGGUGUAAAACAUCUGCAUCACAAGGCUCAGGAAUUUGACAUCGGAGUUUAUUUUGAAGCAAACGGGCAUGGCACAGUUCUGUUUAGUAAAGCUGCUGAAAUGAAGAUAAAACAGCUAGCAAAAGAAUUAGAAGAAGAUAAGAAAAGGAAAGCUGCUAAGAUGCUUGAAAAUGUGAUUGACUUGUUUAACCAGGCAACUGGUGAUGCUAUUUCUGACAUGCUGGUGAUUGAGGCAAUCUUGGCUCUGAAGGGCUUGACGGUACAGCAGUGGGACGCCCUCUAUACAGAUCUUCCAAACAGACAGCUCAAAGUUAAGGUUGCAGACAGGCAAGUUAUUAGCACCACAGAUGCCGAAAGACAAGCAGUUAAACCUCCAGGACUCCAGGAGGCCAUCAAUGAGCUGGUAAAGAAGUACAGGCUUUCUCGAGCUUUUGUCCGGCCCUCUGGUACGGAAGACAUAGUCCGAGUCUAUGCGGAAGCGGACUCGCAGGAAAAUGCGGACAGCCUUGCAUAUGAAGUGAGCUUGGCAGUAUUUCAGCUGGCUGGAGGGAUUGGAGAAAGACCUCAACCAGGUUUCUGAGGACAAUUUUUAUAGUUUUUAGAGACUAGAUUUUUAAAAACUUUUUACAGGAUAAUAGUACUGCCAUUAUUGUGACAGGUUCAAACACAUUUAUAAUCAUAAAUGUUUAGUCUUCAUCUUACUGGAUUACUUCUAGAUCUGAUUAUUUUUCUUAAACAAACACUACCAGAAUCAUUCUUCAGAAAUAGGUAAGCCCUUAUACUUUGUUAAAUUUGUUUUUAAAAAACUGAAAUUUACCUCUAAUAUCAAUCACACUAAUGUAAAAUAUUGGAGCUUAAGUAUAUGAUCCAGUCAUUAACUUUAUAAUAUAUGCAAGGAAGAAUUCAUGAAGGCUGCUAGAAAAUUAAACUUUAUUUAUUACC